AUGACUUUGCCAAAUAUGAAAAUUAUUGAUACUUCAUCUUAUUCAACAACUGUGUGUCGUACCGAAGUGCAUCCCAGGAUAGUAGAUUACGUAUGGGUUAUUGAUAGUUACAGACGUAUUCAUGACAAAAGAUGCGUUAUAUUGAAAUCGUCAGCGUUUUCGGCUCCCGGUGAUGAAUUUAAAUGGCGCUUACUUCUGAAUCCUAACUACUGUAGUGACUACGUUUCAUUACAUUUGUGUCCUGCUGAUACUUCCAACCUAGCUAAGUACUGUCCAAUUUCGGGUAACUUGACGUUAUCUCUGAUAAAGAAGUCUUCUAAAAGUGAAGAAACGUCAACUCAAAACAUGGAGUUCACAAUUUCAAAUUCAAGCUUCUCGGUUGGGUUUGAAUAUUUUGUGCGCAGAAAUAAUCUACUCGUGGAAGCUAAUGAGCUAUUGCCGAAUGAUCAGCUUACAGUGGUUUGCAGAUUAUCUUAUAUAAAAAAUACAGAUGUAGUCCAUAUUACUAAUCCAUCAUUUAUAAAUUCAUGUGAAAAAAGCCAGCCUGCUUGUUUGGGAGGUAUCGAAACGUUGUUCAUGGACGAUAAAUUCAGCGACAUCACAUUAUGUGUGAAGAAUAAAAAAUACGUCGCUCAUAAAAAUAUUCUGGCGGCUCGUUGCCCGUAUUUCCAAAAAAUGUUUGACGCUGAGUGGAUAGAAAAAAAAUUGGAUUCUGUCGAAUUAAAACAAGUCGAUGAAAUCGUUUUCGAAGAAAUUUUACGUUAUAUCUAUGCAGGAAAGUCGGAAAAAUUGGAAACGAUGGUUGCUCAGUUAUUGGAAGCAGCCGAUAUGUUUGAUUUAGAUGAGUUGAAACUUGUUUGUGAACAAGAAUUGAUGAAAAGUUUAUCAACCGAAACUGCCGUUGAUGUAUUGAUAUUGGCUGACAGAUACGAUGCGAAGAAUUUGAAAACACGAGCUAUUAAUUAUAUAAAAGUAAACUCGUAUAAUCCGGAUAUGCUGAGUGCAGAAAUUAAAAACGAGUUAGUUAAAUCGAAUCCUCGUCUUCUCCUGGAAAUAGUGAACGCAUUGGCAAAGGUGUCGCUUACAGAGAUUCAAGUUUAA